CAGAUUGACAUCAAUUGUCGGGGAUUUUUGGGUUGGACACCACUGAUGGCAGCAGCUUUGUGUGGGAAGAAAGAUGUUGUCGACCUGCUCGUGUCAAGGGGAGCUGAUCUCACACCAAGAGAUGACAACAAUGACACCCUCCUUCAUGUGGCAUGUGAAGGUGGAAAUAGUCCCAUUGUAGAAGAUCUGCUUCCACAGUUUGACAUAAAUUGUCGAGGACAACUGGGUUGGACACCACUGAUGGCAGCAGCAUGGUGUGGGAAGCAAGAUGUUUUCGACCUGCUCGUGUCAAAGGGAGCUGAUCUCACACUAAGAGAUGACUGCAAUAGAAAUGUCCUUCAUGUGGCAUGUGAUGGUGGAAAUAGUCCCAUUGUAGAAGAUCUGCUUCCACAGUUUGACAUUAAUUGUCGGGGAUUUGUGGGUUGGACACCACUGAUAGCAGCAGCUUGGUGUGGGAAGAAAGAUGUUGUCGACCUGCUCGUGUCAAAGGGAGCUGAUCUCACACUAAGAGAUGACUGCAAUAGAAAUGUCCUUCAUCUGGCAUGUCAGGGUGGAAAUAGUCCCAUUGUAGAAUAUCUGCUUCCACAGUUUGACAUUAAUUGUCGGGGACAACUGGGCUGGACACCACUGAUGACAGCAGCUUUAAAUAGGAAGAAGGAUGUUGUCAACCUGCUCGUGUCAAAGGGAGCUGAUCUCACACUAAGAAAUGAUAACAAUGACACCCUCCUUCAUGUGGCAUGUGAAGGUGGAAAUAGUCCCAUUGUAGAAGAUCUGCUUCCACAGUUUGACAUUAAUUGUCGGGGAUUUGUGGGUUGGACACCACUGAUGGCAGCAGCUUGGUGUGGGAAGAAAGAUGUUGUCGACCUGCUCGUGUCAAAGGGAGCUGAUCUCACACUAAGAGAUGAUGACAAUGACACCCUCCUUCAUGUGGCAUGUGAAGGUGGAAAUAGUCCCAUUGUAGAAGAUCUGCUUCCACGGUUUGACAUUAAUUGUCGAGGACAACUGGGUUGGACACCACUGAUGACAGCAGCUUUAAAUAGGAAGAAGGAUGUUGUCGACCUGCUGGUGUCAAAUGGAGCUGAUCUCACACUAAGAAAUGAUAACAAUGACACCCUCCUUCAUGUGGCAUGUGAAGGUGGAAAUAGUCCCAUUGUAGGAGAUUUGCUUCCACAGUUUGACAUUAAUUGUCGGGGAUUUGUGGGUUGGACACCACUGAUGACAGCAGCUUGGUGUGGGAAGAAAGAUGUUUUCGACCUGCUCGUGUCAAAGGGAGCUGAUCUCACACUAAGAGAUGAUGACAAUGACACCCUCCUUCAUGUGGCAUGUGAAGGAGGAAAUAGUCCCAUUGUAGGAGAUCUGCUUCCACAGUUUGACAUUAAUUGUCGGGGACAACUGGGUUGGACACUACUGAUGUCAGCAGCUUUAAAUAGGAAGAAGGAUGUUGUCGACCUGCUCGUGUCAAAGGGAGCUGAUCUCACACUAAGAAAUGAUAACAAUGACACCCUCCUUCAUGUGGGAUGUGAAGGUGGAAAUAGUCCCAUUGUAGGAGAUCUGCUUCCACAGUUUGACAUUAAUUGUCGGGGAUAUGUGGGUUGGACACCACUAAUGACAGCAGCUUUAAAUAGGAAGAAGGAUGUUGUCGACCUGCUCGUGUCAAAGGGAGCUGAUCUCACACUAAGAGAUGACUGCAAUAGAAAUGUACUUCAUGUGGCAUGUGAAGGUGGAAAUAGUCCCAUUGUAGAAGAUCUGCUUCCAGUGUUUGACAUUAAUUGUCGGGGACAACUAGGUUGGACACCACUGAUGACAGCAUAUUUGUAUGAGAACGAAGAUGUUGUCGACCUGCUGGUGUCAAAGGGAGCUGAUCUUUCACUAAAAGAUGACUGCAAUAGAAAUGUCCUUCAUCUGGCAUGUCAGGGUGGAAAUAGCCCCAUUGAAGAAGAUCUGCUUCCAGUGUUUGAGAUUUAUUUUCUGGGAUAUGUGGGUUGGACACCACUGAUGACAGCAGCUUGGUGUUGGAAGAAGGAUGUUGUCGACCUACUCUUGUCAAGGGGAGCUGAUCUUUCUCUGAAAGAUAACUACAAUAGAAAUGUCUUUGGUGUGGCAUCUCACGGUGGAAAUAGUCCCGUUGUAAAAGAUCUGCUUCCAGAGUUUGACAUUAAUUGUAUGGAAAAACUGGACCGGACACCACUAAUGACAACAGCUUCGUGAGGGAAGAAGGAUGUUGUCGACCUGCUCGUGCAGAAGGAGCGAAUCUUUCACUAAAAGAUGACUAAAAUAGAAAUGUCCUUCAUCUGGCAUGUAAAGGUGGAAAUAGUGAAAUUGAGGUACAUCUGCUUCCAAUAUUUGACAUUUACUGUCGCUGAGAAAACGGUUUUAUACCAGCAAAGGAAGCAGCUUUCUGUGGAAAACACAAUAUUUGGGAACUUCUUCUGAAAAGUGGAGGUAACAGUACAUGUGUAGAUGAUGAUAACCUCACAACACUACUUUGAUCUCAGACACAAGAGAAUGCAUCCUUACUAUGGCUCACAGAGGGCUAAGCAAUGACAUCGUGGAAUACCUGAGGAAUAUGUCCGGAAAUCAAUGAAUGAGAAAAAAUUGAAAAAUUGGUGGACAGCUGAUGGACUUAUAACGUAAGAAUGUCAAUGACCAUUGUGGACAUCAAAUAUUGAAUUAUUAAAUAUACUGAUACACUGUGAAUAUGCAUAAUGAGUAUGAACAAGAAGUGAGCAAAGGAAUUUUGCACACAGCAGAUAACACUUCAAAUGAAACCUGUAAUACGACUAUGUUCAUUUUCAUGAUCUUACGCCUCAAUAAGCUGAACAAUCUGAUGUUUGUGAGGUCAAAUUUGUUAAAUAAAUACAAAGAAUGUAGGAUGCUCUGCAUGCAAUUUGAAUAUACCCAUUGUCUUUAGUGAAUAUUUGGAAGAUAACAUUUGUUUUUAUUUGACACUUGACUUAUCGAUGUUCCACAGGUUUGGUACCAAUUGUAAUCGGAUAUUGUAGAUAUGUAAAUAGAUGUCUAUAUCAUUUUGACACCGAACAUAAUGCUGCAGUACAUAGGUGCAUAACAUUACAUGUGUCGUUUUACUCCUGGCCAAUUAAAUAUGCUUUGACUAUUUUGGUGGUUGCAAAUGGGAGAAAUUGAUAAUGAUGUACAUUCAGUAAUUACUAGAUGUUUAUUUUAUUUCCAAACCUGCUUCCUUUGUUGCAGUGGUUACCAACUAUUGCUUGUAAUCAGAUGUAGAUAUGUAAAUAGAUUUCUAGAUUUCUACUAUUUCCACCUAUGCAAUUGUUUGACACAGUUUGUUCAUUCCUGGAGAAAUAGUUUUUUCAGACAUUUGUAACAUUAUUCACU